AGAGAGAGACGUCUAAAAACACUGAUAGUUAUCAUCGACCCACACCGUCAAGAAACUGACGAUCCAGAGCGAAGAUUCUGAAAAAAUUUAGUUUCAAAACUUUAGAUACCAUUUAUUGAAUACAUAAAGCACGUUGUUUGUUCAUUUGUUUAAUAAUCUCUGUAGAAAUUUUUGUAGAUCAUAAUUGUGCAUGAAAUUGAGGAUAUUGGCUAAAAAAAUUUCACUUUAGGGAUGAGACCACAAUUUCCGACGAUCUCUGCCAACGCAAGUGGCGAAGACAAAGGGGCCGUUUGGAUCCAGACGGCCCAGAUCCAAAUUGGGACAUUCGGAUUUCGUACAGCCAAGAUGUCUAGGCUGUCUAGAUCCAGACGUUUGAUCCAAGCGGAGGCCUCAAUAGCCUUGACUGCAGGGUUUCCAGGCGAUUCACUUAUUGGCGAAGAAGUAGAUGCUGAGGUGGUUAAAGUUGUGGGCGGAAUAGAGCAGGAUAAUUAUAUAUUGAUUAGGAAUCAUAUAAUUUCUAGGUGGCGUGAUAACUUGUCCAAAUGGCUGACUAAGGAUAUGUUUGUGGAUUGUAUUCCAAAACAUUGUCGGGCACUUUUGGACUCUGCAUAUGAUUUCUUGGUUUUGCAUGGGUAUAUUAAUUUUGGGGUGGCACCUGCAAUAAAGGAGAGAAUUCCAUUGAAACCAAGUAAGCGAAGUGUGAUUGUGAUAGGGGCCGGGCUUGCCGGAUUGGCUGCUGCAAGGCAGUUGAUGACUUUCGGAUUUAAGGUGACCGUUUUGGAAGGGAGGAAGCGUGCAGGUGGCAGGGUUUACUCGAAGAAGUUGGAGGGUAAGAAUAUGAUGGCAGCUGCGGACUUGGGCGGGAGUGUGUUGACAAGUACAUUGGGAAAUCCACUUGGGAUUUUGGCAAGGCAGUUGUCAUAUACACUUCAUAAAGUGAGGGUUAGGUGUCCGCUUUACAGAGUGGACGGGAAACCUGUGGACCCUAUUUUGGAUGACAAAAUGGAGAAUGCUUAUAAUCAACUUUUGGAUAAGGUAAGCAUACUGAGGAAUUUGAUGGGAGACGUUUCACAGGUUGUUUCUCUUGGGGCUGCAUUGGAGUCAUUUUGGCAGGUCAGUGGGGAUGUCGCUAGUGAAGAAGAGAUGAAAUUGUUCCAUUGGCAUCUUGCAAACUUGGAAUAUGCAAAUGCAGGUUUGAUUUCGAAAAUAUCACUUGCAUUUUGGGAUCAAGACGAUCAAUAUGAUAUGGGAGGGGAGCACUGCUUUCUCACUGGAGGAAAUGGAAGACUGGUUGAAGCAUUGGUGGAUAAUGUUCCAAUUCUUUACGAGAAAACUGUGCAAGCUAUUAAUUAUAGCAGUGAUGGAGUGCAGGUUUUUUCUGGGAAUCAGGUUUAUGAGUGUGAUAUGGCUCUUUGCACUGUUCCACUUGGGGUUUUGAAAAGUGGUUCCAUCAAGUUUGUCCCCGAGUUGCCCCAGAGGAAGCUUGAUGCAAUAAAGAGGUUGGGAUUUGGCCUGUUAAACAAGGUUGUGAUGCUAUUUCCGGAAGUCUUUUGGGGCCCUGAUCUUGAUACAUUUGGGCAUCUCACUGAUGAUCCUAGCUCCCGUGGGGAGUUCUUUCUUUUCUACAGCUAUGCAACUGUAGCUGGUGGUCCUGUCUUGAUUGCUUUAGUAGCAGGAGAAGCUGCUCUCAAGUUUGAGACCAUGCCCCUUCCAGAUGCCGUGGAGAAGGUGCUUCAGAUUCUUAAAGUUGGUGCAUCAGGAGAUGAUUAUGAUAUUAUUGCAGAAAGCGUGGGAGAAGGGAGGCUUUUCUUUGCUGGCGAAGCUACAAGCAAGCUCUAUCCUGCAACUAUGCAUGGUGCUUUCCUUAGUGGGUUCAGAGAAGCUGCCAACAUGGCGAAUUGUGCUAAAGCUAGAGCUGAGAAUGUAAAAAUGCAGGAAAAUCCAUCAAAUAAUGCAUAUGUUUGUGUUUCUGUUCUUGCAGGUUUAUUCAGGGACCCUGAUCUGGAAUUUGGUAGCUAUUCUAUAAUUUUUGGUAGAAAAAAUUUUGAUUCAACGGCAAUUUUAAGGGUCUCAUUUAGUGUGUCAAGAAAAAAGACUGAUCAGCAGCAUUCUAACCGAUUACCUUUUGAGCAUCUUCAUCGGCAUUUUAAUCGGCAGCAGGAGUUUCAUCUUUAUACCCUGUUAUCUAAACAGCAAGCUCUGGAUCUGAGAGAGGUGAGAGGGGGUGAUGCAAUGAGGCUGAAUUACCUUUGCGUGACGCUUGGAGUUAAACUCAUUGGGAGAAAAGGUUUGGGGCCAGCUGCAGUUUCUGUUAUUGCUUCAAUAAAGGCUGAGAGGAGCGAAGGCAGACCAUCAAGUUCUCUGAAUCCUGGUAAAUUGAAAUCAAAUGCAGCUUCUACGAAACAGAAGCUGAAUAGAAAGGCUAAAAUUAUCGGUUACAAGAACAGAUUUCCAAAUGCAAAAGUUGGCAUUAAAGUUGUUGGUUGCAUUAGUUCUACUUGAUUAAAUCUUGGUGUGGAAUCUUUAGAAGAAGUGGGCAACAGUAAGGGUUUGCUUUUGACUCAUCCAAGAUCAGAUGUUGGGGUAAUAUCAUUAAGCAGUAAUAGUAACUUGGCUCCUGCACAUUCAAAUUUUGGUGCUAAGUUAGUGGAUGAUAGCAGCAUUUCAAUCCUCAGAAUUUGGACCAUCAUAAUGGCUUGAGGCCUCCUUCAAGUACAAAUUUUGGAGCAAGGGCAUUUAGCAGCAAUAACAGUCAGGUAAAGGUUCCUCCAAAUUCAGAUGUAGGUACGAUGUUGGUGAGAAAUAUUGGUAGUUCUAGCCCUCAGAAUCUUGGCCAUAGUUGUGGUUUGACUCCAAGUUCAAAUAUUGGCACAAGAACAUAAAAAAGCUUUCAAAGCAUUGAUCACGGUAGUGGUUCAACUCCAAGUCCAAAUAUUGGCACAAGAGCACUACGCAGCAUUCAAAAUGCUGACCAUAGUAGAGGUUCACCUCCAAGUAGAAGUAUUGGGACAGGAGCAUUAAGUAGCCCCUGCAUCUUUGCUAUAGUAGUGCUUCAACUCCAAGUUCAAAUAUUGGCAUAAGAGCAUUAAGUAGAGUUCAGAAUCUUCCACAACAGUGGUUCAAUUCCAUGUUCAAAUAUUGGCACAAGGGCAUUUAGUAGCCGUCAAAAUCUUUAACAUGGUACUGAUUUGACUCCAAGUUCAGAUAUUGGCACAAGAGCAUUAAGUAGCAUUAACAGUUUCUAUCUUACAGAUAUAAAUAUUGGUGAGUUGGUAGCCAUUACUGGUGGCUCUAAACCUGAGCAUCAUGAGUGAUGGCUCUAUUUCUAUGCCCAAGUAUUGGGACAACAUCAUUAAACAGUAAUAGCAGCCUGAUGCCUCCAACUUCAUAUUUCUCUAGUUCUAACCCUCAAAAUUGUGCAGGGAAAAUUUCAAAAAGUCAUAGAGCCUGUUGGGGAGUGAUUUUGAGAAUUGAUUUUUUGACCGUUAGGAGAAAAGUGGGGUCCACUUGUGAGAGAAGAAGUCAAAUAUGACGGCUGGAAUAGUGAAAUAACGGUCAAAAAAUCAAUUUUUUGGAAUGAAAAAAUCGCUCCGAAACAGGCUCAUAAUGAUAUCUCUACUGAAGAGAAUAUCUUUGAAGAGAUUAUAAAUGAACUUCUUUCCCCUUUCAGUACAAGCUCUAGCAUUUGGCAGUUUACGUAUAAAUUGUAGUAGCUGAGAUUGUCGUAUCUUGGCUCGUUUAUUUCUGGUAAGUUUUAAUUUGCCCAUUGUAUAUGUUUCACUUUAUACAUUUCUAAUGAGCUUUCACGCUAAUCAUAAACCCAUAAGGUCCGCCCUUUUUUGGCCUCCAAGUUGUUGAAUUUUGUCGGUAAAACUUAAUUUCUUUGUCAAUCUGUCCUUAUUCAACAAUUAAGCCUAUGUUUGGUCCCCAUUUUUCCAAAAUCUCAUUUUCAACUACACAGUCUCCUAUAAAAUAAUUUUACACGCAAAUUUAAAACUUUUACUUACCCUUUAAUCACAAAUUCUCCGACAAAACACUAUUCUAUAAUUCAUUUUGGCCAAAAAAUGGGGCUCAAACAAGGGCUAAGUAUCUAAACAUUUAUCUGCACCCACUACACAAUUUGCUAUUAUUCAGAGUGGGAAGCAUUCAUUUAAAGCCAUUUGAGAUUUGCACUAGUAUCUUGUUGAGGGUUUUAUAAUUCCUCUAAUUGUGCAUUACGCCAUGUAAGUAGAUAGUCCACUUGAACUAAUGAUCCUUGGUAAUAGGAAAAUUAAGUGAAAUGAAUAUGCUUUCAUUGUUCUGUUUUUGGCAACUAACGUGGUAAUAUUAUUACCUAGCAUAAUUAAUGAUAUUGAAAGUUGUCAAAUAUUUUCUUGUGUGGUCCAUAUGAUAGAGUUCAUAGCUCUACACCAUCAUAUUUGCUUAGCCAAUUAAAUGAAGUCCACUUGAACGUAGAUUUACCCUGAAGAAUUCUGGCAGGUAAAGAUUUGAAAAGAAAGCUACAAGUCCAUUUCUCCAUAUUAUUUGAUCAGGCCCAAAAGGUUUUCCUUUUAUAUAUUUCUUUUCUUUUCUGUUAUUGUAUUAAUAAUUACCUUCUGGCAUCAUCUAUUGUGAAAGCUUACAACUGUAGGAGCUCGUGGAUGGAUUUUCUUCUAGCUACUUAUUUCAAUGACUAAAGAAUUGCAGUGCGACUUUUGUAUACAGGACUUGCGCCUUUCAGUUUCCAGUAUGAAGAAUGCAAUGAUAUGGACGUAGUUUUAGGAGAUCAGAGUAUAAUCUUUGAUUAUCUUCCUGUUAGUUAUAGACUGCAGAUUGUUAACAUUGUAAUUAUCAACUCUAUUUCGUACCCUCUAGCUUCAUUUGUCGACUCCAAUAUGUUUUUUCCCUUAUCUCUAGUGCUUUUUUUUUUUAUUAUUAUUAUUAUUUUUUUUUUGUGGGGGUGGGGGUAUUUGACAAUGUUAUCGGAUCUGUCUUGGGAAAUUGUGCAUUGUGAACCACCCAGUUCCCUUGUAUUUAUUCGUGGAUGCUCUGAAUCGAGUUUACUUGUUACUAAA